AUGGGCAGACACGAUGCCGACCUCCCCAACUGCUUAUUAUUUCUAUACUGCUCAAUGAUCAUCUCGGCCGUUCAUGCAGAGUUCGGGCCAAACUUGGAAAAAGUGUUCGAUAUAAUAGGCGCAUGGCGGGUUGCGGAGAUGGCACUCAGGCAAAGAGAUACUUUCCUCGGGACAAUGGCUGUGGAGUUGGCUCUCAAAGGCAGAGCCGAAGAAAUCGAAAACCUCGAUAUCAUCGGCCCUAAGAACUGGCAGGAGAAGCUAUCAGAUUCGAAAGAGAGGCUCUGGAAUCAUGAGAAGUGCUAUUUGGUCUUGCUUAACUGGGAACCGAUCCAAAGGUGA